GUGUGUCUGCUUCAUCCACUCAUCCAGUUCAUCUGUUCUAAAUCAGAGGCACUCAGUCACGGCUAACAAACGUCACAUGCAUCGAUCAGAGCCCGUGAGAGUGAGAAAUGGAAGUGUCCUAGCGGCCCCGGGCAUGAGGCAGAGGCUGUUUUGAUUUGGAUUUGGACAUCCGAAAACGACAUCAACAUGUUGGAAGGCUUAGCCACAUGGUUCCUGAACAACUACUUGGGCAAAUACCUCCAAAACCUCAACACCGACCAGUUGUCCAUCGCUUUGCUCUCAGGUCAAGUCGAGUUGGAGAAUGUGCCCUUGAGGUCGGAUGCCUUGCGAUUCUUGAACUCCUCCCUCGAGGUGCGAUCUGGAUUGGUGGGCAAGAUUUCGCUGCGCAUCCCCGUCUCCAGGAUCCGAUCGGAACGUUGGAGCAUCUCCUUGGAGCAAGUCUACAUUGUCACGGGACCACAACGGUUUGAGACGUUCGAUCCCAGCCAAGACGAUCAAUUGAACCAGGAGCUGAAGCUCUCGGCCCUCGAUGGGAUUGAGGCUGAAUGGCGGGUUCAACACGACCAUCAACGCACCGGCGGCAACUAUUAUCCCUCCUACUCCUCUUGGAUGUCCUAUGGCACCUCCUUCAUCGGCAACAUUGUGGAGAAUCUCCAGAUCCAGAUCCGGGAUGUGCACAUUCGGUAUGAGGACGACAUAUCCUGUCCCGAACGACCCUUUGCGUGCGGUUUCCAUUUGGGCUCGCUCUCAGCCCAAGCCUGCGAUGAGAAUGGCGUGCCCAAGUUUGUGCACCGCGAUCCACGCUCCGCCAUGGCCUUGAAAUUGGUUGAGCUCAAUGAUAUGUCGGCCUACUUGAUAUCAUUGACCCAAAGAUCGGACUUAUAUGGGAACCUAAGUCCGGAGGCCAUGAAAGAGAAGAUGGGCUUCAACCCGAAUUCCACGCACGAAUUCAUCCUGAAUCCCGUGUCAGCUCAAGCCAAAUUGAAGCGGGAUUGCUCUGAGCGACCUUUGAAUUCCCGGAAGACUCCCCGAGUGGUUUGCGAUCUCGAGUUGGAUUGCAUCCCGUUGGAGAUCACGGACGAGCAAUACCAAUGUCUGAUCACGGGUGGACGGUCGUUGCAUCAGUUGCACAAAAACAGGCUGUUUUGGAAGUGGCGGCCUUGUGAACCCGUUCACAAUCACGCCGGAAUUUGGUGGCGGUACGCGAUUGCUUGUCAUAUGGAGAGAAUCCGCGAUCGAAAUCACGUUGCUCAAUGGUCGACGGUCUUGGAAAAAGCGUCCGAAAAUGUGCUCUAUGUGGAAGCGUUCAAAUCGUAUCUGGUGAAUCCCGUGAACUUAAGUGCCGAACUGAAGGCGGUCAAGGAUGAGCAAGACGAAAAGCGGUCCUUUGAAGAGCUCAAGGCCCUUCGGAAUCUGGCUGUUUUUCAACUGAAACAAAUGACAGGCGGUUUAGACGAGAGACCCGGAUCCCGAGAUGACAACUUUUUCGUGGAUGACGACUCUCCGGAAGAGCCCAUUGCUCAAGCUCCUUCAUUGCUCCAGCAAUAUUUCCCAUCUUGGUAUUCGAGCUCCGAGGCCGCCGAUACUGAAAUCACGGAGAAAGUCGACGAAUCCAUUCGUUCUUCUCACGCCGCGGGGUUGGAUGCCAGUAUCAGUCCAUUGGAGGAAGAGUUCAUCGAAGGAUUGGCCGACGAUAUUCACAUUGUGCCUUACAAGGAUCUCAUCUUUGCCCAAAUCAACUUCGUCCUCAAGCGCGGGUCCUUCAAGCUCUUCUCCAAGCGCAGCAUAUACGAGUCCUUGCCUCGGCAUGACGAAAAAGGCAAUCAUCUCCUGUUUGAAUUGGAGUUCAACACCGUGAAACUGAAUUGUGAAACCCGACCUCGGACUCGAUCGUACAAGUUCGCCUUGUCUUUGGGUGGAAUGUACCUGCGGGACAUGAUCACCAAGGAAUCCAUUUUCCCGCUAUUGAUAUCACCCCUGAACGAAGAAGGUGCUCCCCUGAAUUCACGGGCUUCCACUUGUCUGCGCAAUUUCGAAGGCAUUGCCAAAUCGUUUCAGAGCUUCCUCCCCAAGUCUGCCAGCAAAGCGACCCAAGAGACCCCUCUGUUCCUCUUUCAUUAUGAGACUCGGCCAUUUGGCACCAAGAAAGUGGAUGGGAAGUUGCACAUCUCAUCCCAACCACUGAAUAUCGUGUACAAUCCGGCCGUGUUGUACUGUCUCUCCGAGUUCUUCAAGAUCCCGGAUGAGUUGAAUCGAAGUGCUCAAUUGUCGGCCAAAUUGAGAUCGGCCGCAUACAUUCGGAUCGAGGAGGCCAAGCAAAAGACCAAAGAGGAAUUCCUCAAGAGCCUGCAUUCCAUUCUCGACGGUCAUAAUUCGGGACGCCGGAAUUGGGAUAUUUUGUGCGAGCUUUCGGCCCCUCAAAUUAUCAUUCCGGAACACUUUGUGAAUAAAGAGGCUCUGAUCAUGGUGAUUGAUCUGGGCAAAUUUCACUUUUCCAAUGACAAAGGUCCUCAAGGUGGGAUGAGCGACAAGAGCGCCCCCGAGGAUCAGGUCAAAGCGAAUGAAGGUGAGGACGAAGAGGACGAGGAAUUUUGCACGCCCGCCAGCAGUCCCGGAAGUCCCUUGCAACAACCCGCCAAGGCCUCGACUGAGCAGGAUUUUAAUAAGCUCGAUCCGGACUUGAUGGAAUCGACGGUCAUGAGUAAGAUGUACGACCGCUUCACCAUGAGUAUGAAGGGCAUGCAAGUCAUCAUCGGACGAGUCAAGGAUAAUUGGAGAUCUGCCCAUCUUAGAGGAUCCUCCUUGCUCCAUGUUCUCGACAAGUUCAGCAUCAGUUUGAUGAUAGACAUCCGGGUCGUGGCGGCCAAUGACCCCCAAAUGCCAAGUUUCGUGAUAUCGGGCACUCUGCCCAAAUUGAACAUGCACGUGAAUGAGGACAAGAUCCACUCCUUGGAGCGAAUGACACGGCUUCUGAUUCUGGGAGACGCAGAGCAGGAGGAGACGUCUAAAAUGUCCGCGGCUUGUCAAACCGACGACUUACUGGACACGCCCAUGAGCUCUCCAAAUGAGGAGGAGGAGAUAGGCAAUCUGUUCUCAGACUGGAACUCGAAGACUUCAGAAGUGAACCCGGCCUCCACUCUUCUGCUAAUCCAGUUUUGUGUCUCAGACUUGGCCGUCGAGCUUCAAUCCCAAGGGAAGAGCAUCGUUGAGCUCCAAGUGACCGGAGUGAAGGCAUGCCUCACCAAACGACCUUUCGACACGAACAUCACCUUGUCCGUAAUGAGUCUGUUGGUGGUGGACGCCUUACAGACCUUCGGGCGUGACUUUGAGCUCCUCGUGGCCAGUCAUCGCCAUGUCAUGGUUGAUAGCUUGAGCGGGAGUUUGCGGGGUAGCGAACCGGUCUCACCCAUGUCCCCGAGCUCGCCCGAUCCUCAUCACCGAUCGCUCGAGGAAUCGGCCUUGGACAUCAAGAGAGUGUUGAGCUCGCUUCAAUCGCGCGAUAAACGGGCCACAUCACCGCCGGUCAAGUAUCCACAUUCGCCGAGGCAUAUGACCUCUCCGCCAAGCUUCGUUUCGCCUCAUUCGAAUCGACGGCAGGUCCAUUGUUCUCCCUCAAGUGUGGGAUUGGAGACUAGCACGGAAGCAGAGGCUUUAAUCAUGGUGGACAUACUGAUUAUCAGUCCUAACUGUCCUAACAUCGAUCCGGAUGAAUACGGCAACCGCGAGCGUCAUCAGAUUGUGUCCAUCCAUUUCAAUUCGUUGGAUGUGAUCGCCAAUCAAGAGACAAUCAUCGAACUCUUGGCCUUCUUCAAACGUGUCUUACCUUCAGUGGGUCGGCCUUCCAGAAAUCGGCGCACAGUACCCACCACGUCAGAUUGCGCUUGUCAAACUGAGGGAUCCGUAAAUAGAUUCGGAAGCCUUACUUGUCUCGAUUCUACGAAUCCGUCCAAAACGGCUACGAUAUCGGCAUUUAGUACGCCGAACAUAUUUCAUGAAAGCAACGCCUUCGAAAGCUCGAAAAUUGAAACCCGGUUGGAGCUCCGGGCGGACUUCCAAAGGCUAAAUAUUCUGCUUCUUCGAGCCAAAACGGGCAAGAGGAUCGGCACUUUUCUAUUGACCGAGGCCAGCAUCCAUUCCGUUUUGUCCAAGGCAAUCAAUGUUUCCGGAUCCUUGGGAGGGAUGCAGGUCAUGAAUCUGUUGUCCGGAUCCACGCUUCAUCAAAAGAUCAUAUCCGUGGGCAAAGACCCGAUGAUUGACGAUAGCAACAAGGGCUUCAUUCACGCGCAAAUUUACGCCUUGGGUGAGGGCAACGAAGAGAAAAAAGCCUUGACCUUUUCCAUCUCUCAAAGAACAGAUUGCGCCUCAGGAUUCCAAAGCUACUUGGGAACGCCCAUGAAGGAGAGCACGAGCUUCCAGGCGACGAAUUCAAUGGCGUCAGACCGUCUCAAUAUCGACUUGAACAUCAAGAUGGCCGCCGUUUGUUACGUGCACUCGGCUUCUUUCCUCAACGAAUUGAAUUCUUGUGCCACGGACUUCAAACUGUACAUCAGCAAUCUAGCCCACUCCAUUCGUAUGGCAGCGACUGAGAUCGCCUUAGGGAUCGUUCAUCGCCGAUCCGAGGCCAUCAGUCAUCAAGCCACCAUGGACGAGUAUUUUGGUACCCUUCCCAAGGCCAAAGGAGGAGCCAGUUUCCAAGCUCCAGAUUAUUAUCCCAGUCUCGAGCGGGGUGCCCGAAUCACGGCACCCGCUCCCACGCCAAGACACGAGUCCAAAGCCAACUAUGAAUUUGAUUUGCACUUGGACAUGGUGAUGGAAUCGCCUGUUAUUGUCAUACCUCGCCAAGAAUGGAGUUUCGAAGUCCUCGUGGCUCAUUUGGGCGAGAUCUCGGUGAGUAAUGAGAUCAUUCAGGGCUAUGCACUUCAGGAUGAGGUUGGCUUGCCCCAUGAUACCCAAAGAGCGGAUCGGGUCGAGGUCACGGUCACGGAUAUGAGCCUUCACAGUUUGAAUCUGACUGAAAAGUACGCCAGGUAUGCCAAAGACCCUUUGAAUCUCCUGAGUCAAUUCCGACACCUCCUGGCUCAAGAACUCUAUGCGUGUAAAUCCAAAGGGGCCCUGCCCAUUUGGCACGAUACGGCCAUUGACUUACGAAUCGAUCGGAUUGAGAGAUUCAAUUCCAAGAUGCCCGAAUCUGAGAGCUUUCAAUCAUUUCAAUUCCACGGUUCUGAGCAUUUUUCAGAGUCCGGAUUCAGGAACAACUCAAGCUCAGAGAGCGUUUUCCACGUGAAAGGGAAAGUGACGAACCCGUUGAAGUUGUCGCUCUACCGUUCGCAAUACGAAUUGUUGCAAGAUGGCGUGAAAAAUAUGGCUCCUCCUGAGCAGAUUUCCGAUCCUGAAGCAGAUCUGGAUGACUCUGAAAUACCUCGAAAGCCUAGCUUCAAUAUCGGACUAGAUCCACCCUCCGGAAAUGCGGAGGAACCUUCAGAGAUCGAGGGUAGUUUUGAGGUUCCUCAACUGAUUCUCGAGCUUCGAGGUGACCUGGUGAACUCGAUAUCUGAAGGCGACACGUUGGUACGGUUGAAGUUCCAAGACUUUGCCGUGUUCUACGAUAAAACCGAAUUGUACAAGAAUUCCAUCGAGAUCGCCCUCAAGAGUGUUCUCAUGGAGGAUCUUCAACUUGAUGAGGGGUCCAAGCAUCGUUUCCUCAUGAGCUCCUCAUUCAAGGAUCAAUCUCAGACAAAUUACAGGGGCUUUUCUCGUCCGGAUUACGGUCUAUCCACCUCGUGUCCCGAUUUCUGGUUCCACAAUGAUAUUCAUACUCAUGGCACGUCCUUACCCGACAAUCUAGACCCAAAGGUGGUCAUUGGUGCCGAAAAGCCUCACCCAAAAAUGAAACAUCGGAAGCGGCCUCAAAACUUGAAAAUUGAAAAUGACAACCCAUUGACCCCUCCACCAAGUGCCGUGUCCUCCAAAAAUUCGCCCAUUUUCAACGAUUUCAUCAAACGAGACCUGCAAAACGAGGACAAUCUGAUCCACAUCAAGGUGCUCAACAUUGACAAGCGUGGUCCGGAUUACUACAAGAAGUACAAGUGCACCAACCGCUUCGUGGACGUGAACUUCAACACCCUGGACAUCAUAUUCAAUCUCGAAACUUGGGUCAUGGUCCUGGAUUUCUUCGGAAUCGGAGCGGGUCCAAGCAAGGACACGAGUUCCGCUCCUCCAAUCACUCGCCGAGCUCAAGAAUACGAGCGCAGCAAGCGGACCAAAGAGUCAAAUACGACCCUAGAGGAGGACUUCAAUAUGGAGAUUAAUAUCAAGGUCAUACACCUCUCAUUGAUCCUCAACAAACCCGAAUAUGAAGUGGCCAGUGCUGGGGUGCGGAACUUCGUGUCCUGUCUGUAUUUCCGCGACGGAAACUUCUCCAUCGACGGGAAGUUAGAGCAGUUCUCGCUCAAGGAUCUCACUCCCCAUAACUCUCGAUAUAAGGAUCGAUUCCUCUCUCGGGGUGGAGAGCAAGUGCUCACUUUUCAUUUCUUCAAGUACACCCAAGAUGACGAGAAAUUGAGUCGACCCUAUGACGCCUCAUUGAAGCUCCGCAUGGCAUCCGUUACGUAUGUGCACACACAUCGAUUCUAUUCAGAGAUCCUGGUCUUCUUCAAUCAGUUCCAUGUUCAUCAGAGCGUCAUGAACAGUAUGCGAGAUGUAGCGGCUGGCGGUGCGGUCAAAGAUUUGGCGGGUCGAGGAACCCGCAUCAAACUAGACAUCGAGGCGGGAUCGCCAUUGAUUCUGUUACCCAUGAGCUCGAGCUCGUCCAAGAUCUUGUCAGUGGAUCUGGGCUUCUUGGAAAUCCGCAACACGUUCAAAUUCUCAGGGGAGGAAGGAACCAUCAGUCGAGAAACUUUGGCCUCCUGCACUUCCCAUGAGGUCCUGGGAAGACGAUCUCGAGGCACUUCCAAGACCUCGAGGUCAACCGCUCGAUCACCGGAUUCGUCCGGAGGGAGGUCGGCGAAUUCGCCCUUAAGAAGAAGACGACCCUCUUCUCGCCAGAGACGAAAAGACGAAGAGAGUUCGGCCCAGAUGAAAGUGAAAAAGUGCCUUUUGGAUGUGAUGAAUGUGCAUAUGAGAAAGGCCACACUCAGAACGGCCGAACGAUUGAGCGCCUUCACCGACGAUGACGCCUUGGCCAAAGAAGAUAUCCUGGUGGGUAGUUUCAUCGUUCGACCCCAAUCCAAGCCGCUUUUAAAGGAGACCUUCGAGCUCAAACUUCAGGUCGAACGGAAUCUGGACAAGGCCUUCUCCCAUCGAGUGCCGGACACAAGUGUCAAAGGGGUCUUGUCGAAGCUCCAUUUGGCCGUGGACCAGGAUCAAUACACCAUGAUUCGAGGGCUUUUAGCCUACAACUUUGGAGAGCCCCUGGACGAUCUCAACUUUGAAACAGCGGCGAGCGAGCAAAUCCAUCCUUUGUCCGGGCAAACUUGGACUGGCAUGUUCAUGGAAUUUGAACUGCAAGAUGUGAUUCUGGAUCUACUGCAACAUCAUGGGAACCCGAGUCGCAGUGUGCAAGAAUCCGGAUUAGCUCGAGUCAGUUUCAUUCAAUCCCGAUUGAUAUUUGAAGGUUCCAGUGAUUCCACUACCGAUGUCGAUCUCGUGUCCCAAGAGAUCCUCCUGAGUGAUUUGCGGUUUGCGGAUUAUCCGGCCAAUAAGAAAUCCAACGUUUUCUCGAAGAUCCUUUACCCCAUGGAAGUCGUCGAGAGACGGAAUCCGAUGCAAGCCGAGGUCCACUUCCGAGCUACACCCAAUUUCAACCAAUUCACGGUCCUACUGAACAAUAUGCGUCUCAUGUGCAUCUUCGAUUGGUGGAUCAAGGUCCUAGAUUUCAUCUCGAAGUCCACUCAAAAUCCAAGAACCUUCUUGGAGGAAAGAAAUCCAGAAUCGAAUGAAGUGACUGUGACCUCGAGUCAACCGACCAUAUCCAGAUCAUUUUUGGAUCAAGAACCAAUCUAUCCAACGGCAGGUGUGAUAUCGCGAAGAGCUCCAAUAGUCGAUUGUUCUGGACCGGUUUUUGAGCUGAAACUAAACAUCACCGAAUCCGAGACGAUCAUCGUGGCAGACUCAUCAAAAUCCGAUACCUCGACAGUGAUCCUCAGAUCCACCACGGUGGUGACUUACCGUCCAGACAUGGUGAACCGGCCUUUUUCGUGCAACCUGAACAAUGCUGAGGUGUUCUCAUGCAUUCUCGGACGAGAAGAAGAGUCAUCCCUAUCCAUCAUAGAUCCAGUCACCAUCAAUUUAGAUAUUGGCGCCCGUAAUGGUGGGGCUGGGACCAGCAAAGGUCUGGCCGAUUUCACCGGAAGCGUAGGGGACGAAAGGACGGCAGAAGUCCACCUGCAGCAGAUUAACAUUCGCUUGUCGUACAAUGAUUGGCUCAUGUUCAUGGCCAUCAUGGAUUCUUUUCCCAAACAAGCCCGUGAAGCUAUCUAUGGAAAGCAAGAAAGUCGCCGUGAUGGUUCCAACGACACCGAACCGUUCUUCCACGAACCCAUGAACGUUCAAUCUCAGAUUCAUCAACUGGCCAAUCUAGGAUUCCGACGUGAAGAUUGUGCCACGGCAUUGAAAGCGAAAAGGGGUCAAUUGAACGAAGCGGCUUUGUGGUUGAUCGAAAACGCUUCUUCCGAUUCGGGAUCGAAACGCAAAUUUCCCGACCACUCCUCAAAGAGCUCAACGGAGGCCUCAAACGAUGUCAGUUCAUACUUGGAUGGCUCGCCCAUCUCGUUCAGUUCGUUCGAGCUAAAGGCCAGUUCCGUGAAUAUUUGCAUCAUCGAUGACUGUAAAGAUGCAGAUGUACCAUUGCUUGAAACCACCCUGAGACAACUCCACCUGACCCAUGGUUUCGCGGGUAAAGGUAAGGCCUCAACCCAAGUGUCGGGCUCGUAUUACAAUCGGGCCCUGAGUGCUUGGGAGCCUUUUCUCGAGCCUUGGGCGGCCCAACUGACAUGGGAGCUCAAGAGAGUCGGGACCAACGGGCAGAAGUUGGCCAUGCACAUGACAACGUCUGAUAGCAUCAACUUCAACUUGACCUCGACCCUCGUGGAUCUGUACCAAGUCGUCAAAGAGAACUGGACCGAAGACCUUCAAAAGGCCAAUUCUCGCUUGGAAAACCUAAAGGCUCGAGGUCCAGAAUCUCGACAUCGAAUGGCGUUCGUGCCUUACGCUCUUAUCAAUAAUACGGGAUCCGUUUUGUGGUUCUGCACUCAAGCACGAAAUACGGGUACUCAAUUUGGUGCCAAUCAAUCCCGGGUGAGUCGAGGAUUCGAAGCCAAAUGGAUCCAAGUUGAGCCAGGCGAGACAGCUCAAUUCACAUUUGAGAACCGCGGGAAAUUGCGGCACACCCAUACCCAUGACGUCAAAAUCCACCAGGUCAUCAUCAAAGUUCACGGGUGGCUGGAAAUCAGCCCCGUGUCUGUAGAUCGAGUGGGCACUUAUUUCCGGAAAGCCAAGCCUAUUCCGGCGGCAGAUUCGGAUGAAGACUUGCCUCCAGCUCGGAUUGUUUGUGAUGUCAGGCUCGAAGGUUCCGCACGGAAGCUCAUUGCCGUGAGAUCGGCCUUGCAAGUCGCCAAUGUGCUCCCUCAUCCCAUGGAUCUGAAGCUCGAGACGUCUCUGAGUAAAAGCAAUGAUGUGCUUGAGAUCCAAUUGCAUCCCGGAGAGAUCCGCCCAAUUCCGUUAACUUAUGUGUGGUCAAGAAUCUACGCUAAACCGUCCACAGGAAAUGUGAGUCAAUGGCAGUAUUGUGAGGAGCCCGUCAAUUGGUUCAAAAUCAUGACCAAGCAGGACAACUCGUUGGAUGUCCGGACCAGCUCCAAGGUUUGGCGCCAACACAGCGAAAAGUACAGAUUUUGCGUGGCCAUUGAGCGGGAAAACUAUCCGAUUGAAAAUACAAUCAGAAGAACCUCUGAGGAGCGAAUCGCCCCCGCACCUUCCUCAUGGAUUCAACCCGCCCACAAGAUCUCCUUUGUCUCCCCCAUUGUCGUGGUCAACCUUCUCCCUUGCCAUCUCAUGCUCAAAAACAUGGUCGGGAACCUGGUGAAGAGCAACAUUGCUCCAGGCAAGGAGCACUUCCUACCUGUGGACAUUUCCCAACAAAUCGUGCUCCAUUUAUCCUUGGACCAAUAUCCCAAAGGAUCCGACCUCAUAGUCCCACCCAAUUCGUGUAACUUCGAGGCCAGGAUCAAGUUGACAGAUCAAGAGGAUCGCCCACUAUUCUUGCAAGUCCGUGUGAUCAUGGUCUAUCACGGGGCGGUCAAGAUCUCGGUAUACGCUCCCAUAUGGUUGGUCAAUAAAACUGGCAUACCGUUGAUCUUCAAGCAGGAGGGUUCUAGCAGUGAGGCUGCAGGUCAGGAUGUGGAGCAUGAAGUUGGCCGAAUGGGUGCUCCAUUGCUGUUUUCAUUCCUUGAGAGAGAAGGAAACCACGCCAUCAUGAUCCGAGUGGGCAAAGACCUUCACCCUCAAGGCAAGACCACGUGGUGCAAGCAUUUCUACAUUCAACUUGGCGCCCGAGUAAGAAAAUUGCGGGUGAUUCCCCCGGAUCAAAGGGCCGAAUGGGUCUACAUCAUCGGGAUUGAGGUGCGAUUAGGCAAAGGACGAUAUCGAGACACGUUCAUUGUCACAUUGGCGCCUCGUUUCCAAAUUCAUAAUCAAACCCAGUACACGAUCCUACUAGCCCAGAAACGCUAUGCCGCCACGUUCACGGACCUGGAAGCCAAGGCAACUCAUCUGGAGGCCAUGCCUAAUGCCACGCUGUCGUUUCAUUGGCCUCGAUUGGACAUGGAACAGCUCCUAUGCAUCAGACUCAUCGAAAUGAAAGACGGUCAAUGGUCGGGAGGGUUUUUCAUAGAGGGCGUCAACUCGUUUCAUGUCUCCAUACGCGACAACAACAAUCUCUGCGUCUUCAUUCGCGUUGAGAUUGGGUUGAUUGGGGCUACAUAUUCCAUCAUUUUCGCGGAUUCGGGCAAUUUUCCUCCACCCUUUCGGAUCGAUAACUUCUCGGAGGUGUCCAUUACCUAUUAUCAGAAUGGGAUCCAUGGACAGGGUAUGCAUCAGUGUGCCAAACCCCGACAUUCUCUCCCCUAUGCCUGGGAUGAGCCCACUUUGCCUCCGGAACUCACGAUCGUCCCCCCGGGUGGAGUGACUUACAAUUUCAACAUGAACCUUAUCGGAAACGGCUGUCAAGUGACCUAUGAGAACUUCAUCUACAUCGCCAUGUCGGGAACGUUUCAAAAAUCUCCGCGUAAUCCCAGAUCCACAGACGGCUCCGAUGUAGAGUCGAUGGAACUCGUGCUCGAUGUGGAGGGUACCAAGGUGAUUUUGGCCAAGAAAGAGGCUGGCAAGCGAUCGCAGUUGUGGCGUAUGACUUCCCAAGGCUUGCUUCAACACGAGGGGAGCUCUGCACCUCAAGAUCCCAAGAAGUCCCCGGAGGUGACCAUGAGGAAUAUCCUAGUCCUGGAUAUUAGCGGACAUGCCGUCCAGCCCAAGCAUUGUGUGCCGUUAAUGCUACGAAAACCGGAUGAAAGGAGAAAAUUAACACAGUAUUGGCGAUUCACCAAGGACGGGCGCAUGAUGUGCGAUCACCAUGGACUUUAUGUACAAGCUCAAGAUGGGUUUUUGGGCCUUCAGCAAGGGAACAACGUUGUUCUUGGCCCGCCAUCAUCUGUCUGUUAUACUCGAAACCCAAAUGGAAUCCCCUUGGAACAAGCCAUCGAUCGGCACCGGCUACGCCCAGGAUCCGGAUUCCUGUCCGUGAAAGUGACCACCGAUGGUCCCACGCGAGUCCUAGAAAUUACGGAUGAGAAGCAAAAUCGGGUUUACGCCCAAUUGGAGGAGCGAGAUUGGCAACUGAUCCAAGAAAACGAACGUCCCACACUGAUCGUGCCUGGAAAUAUUCCCAGAAAAGACAGCCGUCAAGAAGCCUCGCAAGGACGCGAAUUUCAGAUCGUGAUCGAGGCCAAGAAGGGCGUUGGAUUGAGCCUGGUAUGUCGGAACCCGCCUGAGGAGCUCCUUUACGCCUUUAUGACCAAUGUGGUGGUCGACUAUCAAUCCUCGUGCCUCCAAACGGUUCUGGACGGGAGUGUGCAACAUAUCCAGAUCGAUAAUCAAUUGCAUAGUGCGCAGAUUCCGAUUCUAUUGUAUUUGUCUCCCAUGAGCAAGAAUGAUGAUCAUCGACAUUUACCGGCCAUUCACUUCACCUCCAAAAAGUCCUUAAGUAAAACGGAGAACGCUGUCAUCUACAAACAUCUGAUGGUCACGGUCAGGAAUAUGACUAUCAAUCUCGAGGAGGAGCUUUUAUGCCGAGUGCUCAAGUUUGCCGGAAUCACUCGAUCUGACUUGGAAAUGGAACGCUUGGACGAAUCCGCCUCGGAAGCUCAAAGAGCGUUGAUCGCUUCCACAACGAGUGCCACACGAUACUAUUUUGGCACAUUGAAGCUCGCCUUGAAUCAGGUCAAGCUGAGUGUGAUCAAAUCGAACAAACUCGCACCGGAUCUGCAAGCUGUGAAACGGAAAUUGGGGCUCUCACUCAUCACCUUUGAGGACGCCAAUAUCGAAUUGGACCCUUUCGUGUUGGUCCAUCCUUUCGAAACGAUCAACUUCCUCACCAAUAGAGUGAUCAAGCACUAUCAGGAUGAGCUCUUGUCUCAAGCUGUGCUGAUAUUAGGAUCCACGGAUUUCUUGGGCAAUCCAUUAGGAUUCCUCAACGAUCUCACCGAGGGCGUCUCCGGACUAGUCAUCGACGGCAAUGUGACCGGAUUGAUUCGAAACGUAGCCCACGGAGCGGCCAACUCCGCGGCCAAAGUGACGGGAACCCUGUCCAGUGGUCUGAGUCGGGUCACUUUGGAGGAAAGGUACGAUGAGCGACGUCUCAUGAUCCGUAGGAAGAAAGGUGAACGGGGUAAGGAGCAUCUCGUGGCUGGCCUCAAAGGAUUUGGGUUCGGAAUGCUCGGUGGUCUGACUUCCGUGGUGACUGAGACGUACGAUGGAGUAGCCAAUGACGGCAUCACCGGCCUGUUCACUGGUUUGGGAUGGGGUUUGAUUGGGACCAUCAGCAAACCAGCCAUCGGAGUUCUAGAUCUGGCAACGGGAGCCGCUACGGCUGUUCGGGAAUCGAGUAAGAGCGCGUUCAAACAAUUACCUCCAAAAAUUAGACCCGCCCGGGUGGUCGUAGGACCAGGAGGUUCCAUGCCCGUCUACUCAGAGUUCGACGCCCAAGGACAAGAGCUCAUGUACCGUUUAUGUUUAAACGGCCGAGAUGACUUCGAGACGUACGUGGCGCACCAAAUCCUGACCCCUGGCGACGAAGACCUCCAAAUCAUGAUCACCAGUGAUCGCGUGAUCGUGUUCAGUUGCCCGGGCAAUAGUCGCGAUGCCAAGAUAUUACUGAUCGUCUCUCUCUCCCAAUUGUGUCACGCCCGGGCCGUGGUUGAAACCAAAGACACCAAGGACAAGCAUUACAUCGAGAUGAAAAUCGCCAAUCAAACCAUCGACCCCAGUGAAUCCAUGUUCAUGGAUGAUGGAGACUCGAAACGGCCACAAGUCUUUUGUGCCAGCGAUAAAUUGGCGGCGGCAGUCUCCCAACAGAUCAAUUACGCCAAGGUCAUGUUCGAGGAGAGAAUUCAAGCUGUGAUUGAAGACGUCAACUUGGACGAACAAUAACCUAAACAUGAAGUGCUUUUUGUCAGAGAAUGAACAUUAGUGUUGUAACAAAUUCUGUCUACGUAUGUUGACAUAUAUUCAUCAUUUAUCCCACUA